AUGGGCUCCAGCUCCUCCUCCUAUGCCCCAAAAACCAUUUAUUUGGAUGUGGAUGGGAAGGUACAAAAGGUGGUGUUCAGUCGGCACUGCAGUCCCUGCGACAUCAAGGAGCUUCUAUGUUCCUCAUCCAACAUUCCCAGGAACACUGCCAUCAUGAUGGUGGAUCCAGAAGGUGCCUUGGUCUCCAUAGAUCCCACCAUGCCCACCAACUCUCCAAACUCUCUGUACAAAGUCGUCCCCCUGUCUACUGGUCAACUUGGAGAGAAGGAGGACAUGUUUCAGAACGUGUUGUCCCAGGUGGCUGAGCAGUUCAGCAGGGCCUUUCGCAUCAAUGAGCUGAAGACGGAGGUCACCAACAGGCUAGCCAUGCUGGAGAAGAGAGUGGAACUGGAAGGCCUAAAGGUGGUGGAGAUUGAGAAGUGUAAAAAUGAUCUAAAGAAGUUACGAGAUGAGAUGACUUCACGAGGCGGUGGCAGAGUAAACUGCCCCUGCAAAUACAACUUCUCAGAUGAUGGGAAGAAGGUCACUCCUCGAAGAGAUGUCCCCAAUUAUCCAAAGUACACACUGUCUCAGGAGACGAUUGAGGCACUGAAGAAGCCAACGUUUGAUGUUUGGCACUGGGAACACAAUGAGAUGCUGAGCUGUCUGGAGUAUAUGUACCAUGACUUGGGACUGGUGAAAGAAUUCAACAUGAACCCCAUCACACUAAAACGUUGGCUGUUGGCCAUUCAGGAGAACUACCGAAACAACCCUUUCCACAACUUCCGUCACUGCUUCUGCGUGAGUCAGAUGAUGUAUGGCAUGAUUCACCUCUGCAACCUACAGGAGAAGCUGACUCUCACAGAUAUGGGCAUUUUAAUGACAGCUGCAGUGUGUCAUGACCUGGACCACCCCGGCUACAACAACACUUACCAAAUCAAUGCCCGCACAGAGCUGGCGGUGCGAUACAACGACAUCUCUCCACUGGAGAACCAUCACUGUGCUGUGGCCUUCCAGAUCCUCUCUCUUCCUGAGUGCAAUAUCUUUGCAAAUGUGGAUCCUGAGGCAUUCAAACAGAUUCGACAGGCAAUUAUCACCCUCAUUCUGGCCACUGACAUGGCCAGACACGGGGAGAUUCUGGACUCCUUUAAGCAAAAAGUGGACAACUUUGACUUCACCAAUGAAGAGCAUGUGACAUGUCUGAAGAUGGUUUUGAUCAAGUGCUGUGAUAUUUCCAACGAAGUCAGGCCAACUGAGGUAGCCGAGCCAUGGGUGGACUGUCUAUUGGAGGAGUACUUCAUGCAGAGUGACAGGGAGAAGUCUGAGGGUCUCCCUGUAGCCCCCUUCAUGGACAGAGAUAAAGUCACCAAACCCACUGCUCAGAUUGGAUUUAUCAAGUUUGUCCUCAUCCCAAUGUUUGAAACUGUCAUGAAGCUUUUCCCUCAGAUUGAAGAGAUCAUGGUUCAGCCUUUGAGAGACUCUCGUGACCACUAUGAGGAGCUGAAACAGAUAGACGAUGCCAUGACAGAGGCACAGAAGAAAAAAACUGAAAAUAUGUCAUUAGGCGGGAAGAAGAAGUAA